AUGACCCACUGUGUUACAGGGAGCAUGUAUUUGUUGGUCAUCUCCCACAUCUGUCCUGAUGUAUUCUUGACUCUCAAGUCACAGAAGUAUCCCAGGGACCCCAGUUCUUUGCUGUACGUACACAUUGCAGGUCCCCUGCCUCACCCAAACCUCCAAUAUGGGGCUCAGAGGAAAGGGUCCGGGGCAGCAGAGCCUGGGGACCGAUGGGGAGGGAGGCCUCUGGGUCUUUGCGUUGAGGCCAAACAGUGCCCCCUGGGUGGCCUUGGGGGGCCGGGGGGAGUGGGCUUGCUGAGGGCCUCAUUUGUCCCCUUGGGCCUCGGCCUUCUCUCCAGCCCCUGCAGCUGUGAGGAAACUGGGGUGUGUGGGUCCACAGAAACGUGCACGUGGGCACCUCCCACCUAG